AUGUCACUUGUGUCACUAUCCACAGACAAUGAGGACAUCUACAUCCAACAAGCUGUGGUAUUCAUUGAGGACGCCAUACAGUACCGGUCCAUCAACCACCGUGUGGAUGCCAGCUCACUCCGACUGUAUCGAUGGUACUACUCCAGGAUAUGCCAGUGGAGCUUGGGCCUAACCAUCGCAGUGGUGUUGUUGCUGGCAUUUAUUGAGCGUCCGUCCUCCCUGUCCGUUUCUUCGGACCCCCGGCAUCGCUCUCCACCCUGGGAACCUCCUUGUGGCCUCACCGAAAGCAUCGAGAUGGUCUGCCUCAUCAUCUUCUGUCUUGAUCUUGCUGUCAAGAGCUACCUGAUUGGCUGGGAGGAAUUCAGAAAGAACAAAUGGCUGAUUGCCUACACAGUGGUCAUUUCAAUCUCUGUCAUCGACUGGGUGUUGUCUGUCAGCAUGGUGUGUGAUGAGAAACUGAGAGUACGACGACUACUCCGGCCAUUCUUCCUCCUGCAAAACUCCUCCCUGAUGAAAAAGACACUGAAAUGCAUCAAGAGGACUCUGCCAGAGAUCGCCAGGGAGUUGAGCACAUUGCCCUCCACAGGAUAA